AUGUUUGUAAGAGCACCUGCUAAGAUCAUCAUUUCAGGUGAGCAUUCUGUUGUGUAUGGUCAUAAAGCAUUAUGUGCAGCCAUUAACAAAUACACUACAAUUAAAAUACACCCAAACCAAACCAAUUCAAUAGAGAUUAGAUGGGGAAACGAUUGGCAUGAAGUCUUGGAUCUAAAUUAAAAUAAUACCAAUUCUUAGUUAGCUCAAGUCGCACGCAUCUUAAAUAUGAGACCAUCAAUCAUAGAAGUACAAUCUGAAGUACCCAUCAGUUCUGGUCUAGGAUCAUCAGCAUCAUAUGCUGUUGCAUUAACCAAAGCCAUGAAUGGAUCUAUUGAUUAAGCCAUUUAGAUUGAGAAUAUAUUUCAUGGUAAGAGGGGAAGCGGAUUAGAUGUUUAAGUGACCAAUCAUGGAGGCCUAUGUGUAUUUCAGAUUGGAAAACCUGUUUAGAAAGUUAAUCUUCCUAUUCAAAACAUAUUAUUAAUUGAUUCUGGAGAGAGAAAAUAAAAAGGAACUGAGGGAUCAAUAGCCAAAGUUAGAAAUUGUGUUGAGAACAAAGAUGGGAGAUAGAUUUUGAAUAGAAUUUCAGAAGUAACUGAGUAAAUAAUUAAAGAAGGACUUGUGAAAGAGUUGAUUUAUGAAAAUCAUGAUCUUUUGAAUAGAUUAGGCAUUUGCACUAAUAGAAUAAAUGAUAUCAUAAGAAUUUGUAAAAGUGAAAACAUUCCAGCAAAAAUGACAGGCGCUGGAGAUGGUGGAUUUUGUAUUGCAUUCCCUAAGGAUGAUUAGGAAUCUGAAUAUUUGAAGUUAAAAUUGUAGGAUUACAACACUUUCAAAGCGACCAUUGAUUUGGAAGGGUGUAAAAUAAUUUGA